GAAGAUAUAAUUGGAAAGGUCAUAUCUCAGUUCUACAAAACAAGCCACUUAACCUAUAUAAUAUCAAACAUCAUGAGAAUCAUGACCCUGAUAAUGUUCAGAAAAAACCAUUUCGAAUAUCAAGUUCAAUAAGAAAAAAGAUUACAAAUAGAAUAGCAAGUAUUACCUUUUCAAUGUUGAUAACAGAACUUAUAAAUAAUUCAAAGACUCUUAGUAAAACCCUUAAUAUUCUGUCAAACCAAGUACAACCAAUAUCUAUCCAAUUUGUAUCCAAUCUUAAACUAAUUCAAAAUGCCCUCAAGUAUGAUAAAAUGCUGCAUAAUCUGUGCAUAUCAGAAUUUGAAAAAGCUGAAAAAACUGUUAUAUCAAAACAAUAUAGUGUUAAGAAUACCCAAGAUUCCAAAGAACAAGCUGUGCUUCUUGGUAUCGUCUCCACAAUUAUGCUAGUUUUUUUAACUAAAUAUCCAGACUUCUUAACUUUAGAUUCUACUAGUUGUCAUAAUAGCUUAAACUUCUCAAAUACAGCCUUCAUGGUUAGGUCAGAUGAACCUUGUGGUCAAGUUGUAGCAACAUUUGUGAGUAAUAAGGAAACAAUACCAGUUGUUGAUCUUAUGUUUGAGUCAAAGCUUCAAGCUGCUAUUGAAAUUACAAGCCUAGUAGUUGCAGAGACUAUCACAUCUUAUUUUCAAAAGUAUUGGUUUGGUGAUUGGGAUACUUGGAUUGUGUCUCAGUUUUAUAUAAAUGCUAAUAUUCACUAUGGUGCUGCUAAACUAGAUAUUAAUAAAGAGAACUCCCAGUAUAAUACUGCUAAACUAGAUGUUAAUGAAAACAACUCCCAGUACAAUGCUGCUAAACUAGUUAAUAAAGAAAACUUAAUUAACAAGUCUGCAAAUGAAUCAGUUACAAGCAGUUCUCUCGAAUCUUAUCUUUGCCAAAAAGAUGCUAAUAGUAAAUCUAUUCACCUCCAAAAUACAAUUUUAAAUAUGCCUUAUAAAACUGUAAAAAUUGUUGAAAUUAUUGGUGAGAGCAGAGUUAUUGUAGAUGUUACCUUUAACAGUGCUGUGGCUAUGGUGCAGACCCUAGGUUUUUUGGUAGUUGCCCUAGAUGCCUUGUCAGAAGGUCAAAUAAUGCUAUUAAAAUUUCAAUUUUUGAAUAAUAUAUCUUAUAAAUUAAUAUUAGGAAAGAAAGACACAUUAUAUUUAACCUUUACAUGCCCAUUGGAUACAAGUCUUACACUUAUGCAAAGCACUUUUACUCACCAAAAUAUUUAUAAACAAGCUAUUGCUUUUGCAUUAUCUGAUUCAAAUUCACGUAUUCACCUUCUUCUUCAAGUUUUUGAUCUAAUAAAACAGAAAAAGUGA